GACUUUGCUCUGCGUACAUCGGGCUCUGUCGGGACAGGGAGGUCUGUUUCCCGGAGAUGGGCGGGGAGAAUGUGGGAGGGGUUGACGGGUUCGCAGUCGGGGUUGAUUCGCUCAACCACUCGGCCAACUUUGAAGGGGCCGGGUCAGGAAGCCGAGUCACAACCCCAGGUCCCAGGACCUCUGCGGGGCUGGGCUUAAUUGAACUCAGGGCAGCAGUAGCGAAAGCUUUCCCCCACUGAUACGGCAGCCGAGGCGAUGUCUGGGCUCCGUAAACCGCCAGGCAGGAACUUCGAGAACUUGACUUUGGACUCUGGUUAUGGAGGAGCCGCCACCUCCUGCAGAUCAUCCAGCCUGUCGCUGUCUCAUUUGGGGAACACCUGGUACUCCUAUCCCGGGACAGCCAGUAAGAGAUAUAUGGAUAGUUGCGACACACUAGACACCGGGUUGGCAGAGAGCUCCGAAGUUUUGGAACCUCUGGACUGUUAUCCCAAACUGCCCCACUUGGAAGACGUGCCCUGGUCCGAGCAAGAGGUUGAAGAGGUCCUGAGGAGAUGUGGAUCCGUAGAUCCGAGUGCUGUCGACGGCGCGUUGGUAAAGAAACUCUCCACGUACCUGAGCAGGGCGCUGGUUCGCAUCGCCAGAGAGGCGCAGAGACUCAGCCUAAUGAGCGCCCAGUGCAGCAAGCACGAAGUGCAGAGCGCCACCAAGCUGGUCCUGUCCUGGGCUCUGUCCGAGAGCUGCAUGGAGGCAGCGGUGAAGGCUCUCUCCGUCUACAACAUGAGCUGCAGGGAGCAACUGAACAGUAGCAAAAGUUCCCAGUGCAACCUGGCGUUCUCCGUCGGCCGCUUCUUUCGGUGGAUGGUGGACAGCAAGCUGUCGCUCCGCAUCCACGAACACGCAGCCAUCUACUUGGCGGCCUGCUUGGAGAAUGUGCUGGAGCAGGUCUACCUGAGGUUGCUGGACAACCUGAGGACCCGGGGCAAAGAGCUGCCCGGCGCCCCGGACAAGGCAUUGGAGCAAGUAGUUGGCAGCGAUGCAGAUCUUUGGGGAUUGUUCCAGGGCCACGACCAUUUGAUCUGCGGGAAAAACGCUUAUGGUGUAUCUUGCCUUCCGAUGUACCUCAGCCUGUACACUGAGCGCCAUCAUCAGCAGCUGUACACCAGCUUGGACCUUAGGAACCUUGAACAGGCCAUGCUGGCAACCUAUGUAGGCACCAUCGCUGAACUCAGUGACUUGAUCUCUCACUCAAUGUACUACCUCCAACAGUUUGGUGCAUUGUACCACAGCAAGGGGUUUAAGUUACAUUUCAGAAAGGGCCCAUACUCCUGGGAGCCAGAAGCUUUGCACAGUCUCUAUUACUACACGCACUGCCCACAGAUGGAGUGGGAGAAUCUCAAUGAAGAACCCCCGAGAGUGAAACUGAGCAAUGAAAGGCUGUAUGAGGUCCUCCCGCCAAUGAUUGAGUGGAUCAGGGUGUGUAUCGCUCAAGCGGAGCACAGAAACAGUUUGGUGGUGGACAGCAUUGACGUUCGACAGGCUGCCAGGUUGCUGCUCCCGGGUAUGGACUGUGAACCUCGACAACUCAGGAUUACCAGCAAUCUGUGCAUAUCCCGCGGACUGAAUGCCAAGCAGGCGGAGCUGAAGCUGAAGCAGGAUCUGGGAUUCCAGAUGUUGAGCACUGGCCGCACUGAUCUGGUGACUGCAGCUGUUGCAUUGCUGGGACCAGACGAAAUCAAUACGCUUAAUGAGCAGGGAAUGACUCCAUUGAUGUAUGCAGCGAGUAAUGGGGAUGAAGCUAUGGCCCAAGUACUUCUGAACUCUGGAGCAGCUAUUGAUAUCCAGGUCCCCAGUAAUUCCCAGCAGUUCCCGUCCAUUCAUGCAGAGACUCGACACUGGACUGCCCUCAGCUUUGCCGUGGCAUUCGGCCAUCUGCCAGUCGCACAGUUACUGUUGGAUGCCGGGGCCAAUGUCGAAGGUUGCGUUAGCGAAGGAAGCUGGUCAGAAACUCCACUACAGCUCGCAGCUGCAGCAGGUCAGUUUGAUCUAGUUUGCCUUUUACUGCAAAAGGGAGCUGAUCUCCUGGCUGGGACCAUUGACAAAAGUGGUGUUGCCGCAUCUCUGCACGGAAUUGCUAAUCCCUUCAGUCAGGCUGCUGCCCAUGGGCACAGGAAUGUGCUGCAGAAGCUCCUUUCGCAGCCGGACACUGUGAACACUGACUUUGUGUCUCUGGAGGACAUCCUUGCCGAGGGGGCAGAGAUGAACAAGCAGCAGGCGCCGAACCUUGGGCUGAGUCGCAGCAGUAAAGCCCGCAGGAGAGCUCUGCAGGACGCCCUGUAUCAGAGUGCCGAACACAACUACCUCGACAUCACUAUAGAAUUGCGCAAACUGGGUGUCCCAUGGACUGUACACUCCUGGCAGAAGUCCCUGCAAACCUCAUUCAGUCAGCAUCGUUGGUCCAUCACUCUGGAUCUGCUGAAGGAAUUUGAUAGCUUGAAUGAUGUGUACAGUGAAGAAAUGAUCUCCAAGGGUCUGCCCCUCAUGUUCAACAUAUUCCGCCAGAGCAAGAAUGAUGCUAUUAUUAGACAGCUGGCAGCCAUUUUCACUCACUGCUAUGGACCCUACCAUAUCCCCGUGAUCCAGGAGCCCAAGGAGAAACUCUGUGUUCCAACGGAACCCAUCCCCCUGAACAACCAGGAACAUUCAGACGUCACCUUCCUCGUGGGUGGGAAACCAUUCUAUGGUGAUCGUGCACUGCUGUCCUCUGCCUCACCACGGUUCAAAGUACUUAUUGAAACCUGCCCUUCCAUCGAUGCCAAGGCCAACAAUCCUAUCGAGAUCAAGGAUGUAGCGUACGACACAUUUGAGUGCUUGGUUCAGUAUAUUUACAGUGGAAGGACAGAGGGACUGGACAUCAGUAAAAGCAGAGCCUUGGAGGUUCUCUCAGCUUCCAGCAUCUUUAAACUAGAGUCACUUAAGCAUCACUGUGAAGCUGUGUGUUCAAGGGGCUUGACACUUGCUGACAGCUCAAAUACUUACCAGAAGGCUAAGGUUGUCGAAGCCUCUGAGUUGGUCUCCUACUGCAGUGGAUACUUUCUGAAGAACAUGCUGUCUUUAUUGGAGCAGGAUUCCUUCCGGCAGCUGCUGAAAAAUGAGGCAGUAAAAUCUGACCUUCUGACGGAUCUACAGAAAGCUCUGGCCUCCAGGAUGCAGGCAGUUUACCAGCCCAUCUCUAAGGAAACAAUGGUGUGAUUUAAUAACGGGACUCCAAUGCAGACUUAACCUUUUGAAUGGUGGACAACAAUUAACAAACACUGUCUGUAAAUGGAGAUUGCUCUACCGGACAAACUAAAUGAGCAACACAAUUUAAUAAGCAUGGUUUUGAGUGGCUUGGUAUGGAAACAAAAUAGCCUUGAAUGUUUUCACCGAGAGAAUCCGCUUUCUUCUGUUUCAAUGUUUAUGCCUUGAUUUUUUUCUGUCCCCAGGACCCCGUCCAUCCACGUUUCUAUUCAUGCUGCCUUGUGUCUACAUCUCCAACAGGUCAGGGGCUAAUUGUUAAUUUGUGAGCACUUAAAUAUGUUGUCCAGUCCUCAGUGAAGGAGGAACCAGAUCUUGUUAUGCUGGAGCAAGAAAUGAGGAAUCCUCGGUAUUUACACCAGGUUGUGCAUCCUCUUUAUAACGAGGAUCACUAUGUGGGGAGCAAAAAAUGAGUGUAUUGCUUUUUACCUCCAUUCCCUGCUCCCAUUGCAUCCCAGCUUACCACUGUCUCCAUCCCAAGCUGCCUUAUUUACAUCAAGGCCAUUUCCUGAUGGUACGGAGCAGCCCUCCUGGACAUCAUUGUCCAUGAGCAGUUAUCAGGCAACAGUCCUCGUGGUGAGCCACCUUUAGAGAAUUGUCCCAAGUGUUGAUCGUGCUUAGAAAGCCUCCACCAUUUAUAAUCCGUGGCAAGCAGUAAACGUGUGCUCCAGAUGGCAGAGGACAGAAGAUCCUUCUGGAACUUCUUAUCAAUUCGUGCAACCUGAAGCUUAAAAUUAAACCUACUUGAAGUUGGCUGACUUCGGGGAGUUUACACUCUCCUAUUGGAGAUGUCACCUAACUCACGAAGAUGUGUGAUGGUCUCACUGAAGUGUUGAGAUGAUCCACAGAAGGACCGAAAGCAAAGCUGUGUGUGAGACCAGGAAGCAGUGCUGGCUGCUUCCCAAUUAUUACUCGGGCAUUCAAUCCCUAAACCUUACUGAGCCUCAUGCAUGUUCACAAUCAAAAGAAACCAAAUGACUAUUUUUUUACUGAAGUGCAAUAUUGUGUGUAACCUACUGUGUCUUAUUGCUUAAUUUAAUUGUUUUUUUUUGUGUAAACAAAAUAUUAAGCAGAAGAUUAUUUAUAGAAAGUGAAAGAAAUCUGUAUUUUCAUCAGGCAUGAAAAUCAUGAAGGAUUUCAGUGCUGUACAUAAUUAUUUACAAUGUUGAAUACAUUGGUACCUUAGAUAAUUAAACCAUAUCCUUUUAUAAUUAAAUACAAUUCAAUUC